AUGGGAAAAAGUAAAAUAAUCAAAACUAAAGAUAAUAUUAAAUUUUCUAUGGCAACACUAGAUGAAAUUGUUAAUCUUAACUGUUUGCCAACUGGUUAUCAUACAGCUCAUUUACCAUUACUAGAUAGUUGUGAUCAUUGUAGAAUUCCUAUUAGAUAUUUAACUGGUAAAACAUAUAUUUGUGGACAUUCUUAUCAUGAUAAAUAUUAUAAUAUUCAUAAUGGUUGUAAACAUUGUUUAGAAUAUUAUAAAAAAGGAAUUACUAAACAAGCUAAAGCAUUUAAAAAAGGAUUAGAAAAAAUUGAAGAUGAAAAAGAUAUUUUAAAUAAUGAAGAAUCAAAUGAAAAUGAUGAUAAUAAUUUAAAUGAAGAAGAAAAUAAUAAUAAAACAGAAGAUAUAGAUAAUAAACUUCAAAUAGCUAUUAAUACUAUUGAUCAAUAG